GUGGACGGAAGGAACGCAGACAUCGAGCUGAGCACUUGUUGAGCGAUCACACAGCAACAGACCAACGAGACAAACUGCUGUCAAGAUGAAGGCCACACUCGCCACCCUCGCUCUCCUGGUCCUGGCUCUCGGCUGGACUUCUGAGGCCGUGCGGGUCGAGGAGAAUGGCUUGUCGUUCUCGCUGGAGGCUGUGAAGAGGCUUCAGGAGCUGGCGGUGAGCCGGGCGUCACCAGGCCAGCUGAACCCUCGUUUCAGGGCGAGCACCGUGACCCUCUGCGCCGACCCCAUGCUGCCACAGGAGUUCCUGCCGCUCUGCAAGCAGAGAGGAGCGUCAGCCUCUCUCGCCAGACUCGGCAUGGUUCCCCUGGACGUCUGUGAGAUCUGUGCUUUUGCCGCCUGCACCGGCUGCUAAACAACCGCAGCAAACCACCGACAUCUUGCCGAGCUUCAGACUUGUGAUUUUUUUCUUUCUCCUUUAAAGCUACUUCAGGGAAUUUCUAAUUUGUUUUGCCCCCAAUGAUAAAACAUUCUUUCUCCUCAAUACUGAGGUUGCGACCCCGGCCCACACCGUGACUUUAUAGAUUUAAAAGUUGUGUUUUAUUUUAUAUGUUUUGCUGUGGCAAACUGUUACUUCAUAGCAUAGUUACUAUUUUAUUUUCCUGCUGGAAGUUCUCUCUCUCAUGAAUUUUUAUAUUUGCAAUAACAUUGUUUGUUACAUCCAACCAAGCUUCAUAUAUGUAUUUAAAGGAGGUUCUUGUUGAAUUCUUCUCCUUUUUUAUUGUCAUAGUUUUGAAUAAAAAGCCUUC